AUGGGCGGCGGCGGCGGCGGCAGCCCGACGGCGAGCAACAGCAGCAGCGACGAUGACGGAGACGCCUCGUGGAGGGCGGCCAUCGACUCCGUCGCUGUAGGGGGCUUCGGCUACCCGUCGUCCAACGGCGCGGCGAAGGCCGCCUCUGGCGGCGUCGGCGUCGAGGAGGACAGCAACGGGCUGGAGCAGCCGCCGCAGGAUGAGGGGAAGGCGCAAACGCCUGGGCUCAAGCUGUACCAGAUCAAGGUAAGAAAUAUGUUGGACAAUAUGUUAGAGAGAAAUCUCGAAAUAGUGAGGAAUCCUUGCUUGAACGUGGCUGACCCCGAGGAAACAGGGGGAGGGAUAAAGUUAUUUAAAAAGGCACCUCCUGGCAUCAGAAUGGAUGCCGUAGAUAAAUACCAUGUGCAACUCAAGAGACCAAAGAUUCUUCCUGGGCCAGAGGUCGACGAGAAAUCAAAGAAGUUCAGACAUAUGCUUCAGUCUGUUGUUGUUGAUGGUAACGACGUACUUGUUUCCGCGAAAGAAGCAUCCCAAAUAUCAUUGGCUAGAAUGGAAGCUAGAGAAACUGCAGCAAAGACCAAAGCCAAGAGGGAGGAAGAAAGGGUGAACCAGCUGAAGAAGGUCAGGGGAGAGAAAUGGCUUCCUUCCAUUGCUAGUAAAAUGAAGAAAGAAAAAUCUUGGGAGCAAUGGCAGGAAAAAAAGCUCAGGAGCAACGGCAGUGAUGGUGGAUCAUUUCAGCUGGGCCGCAUAUGCUAA